CGCCAGCCGUGGUGAUUUGCUUAAACUCCCUAGUGACAUCAACCGGUCCACCAUCUUAAUAAGAUGCAUGGUCUCCCCAGACUCCUGAGGUCGUGCUAUCAGGACAAAAUUAACAUAUCGAAUUCCCUCACGUUCCUGAACCUCGCACAUCCACGGGUUAAAAUAGGAAGGGUGAAUAGGGAUGGUAAAGAGUUCAGCUUUUAAAGAAGUACAAGCUUUGAUGUGACUCCUUCAAGAUAAUGCACGAGUACGUGUAAAAAUGGAGGGAAUUUUCUUUUGCUAAUGAAAAAUUUAUAUUGAAUUUCCAAGGUCACAUUAUUUCUCGUGCUAAUUGUCAGCUUUUAUUGCUAAAAUUGAGGCAUCUUAUGGACAGCUGGAUUUGUUUGGAAGUAGUUCAACCACGAUCGGUUUUCGUUCAGUCAGGCGACAGCUGGUAAUGGUCUCGGAAAACCAGUCGAAUUCAUACCUGUCAACGCACGUGCUAUUGAUGUAGUGGAGCAGGGGAAGGUCGCAAGGUGUGAUGUACCCCCGCUCUGAUAUGACAAAGUAGUAAUUUAUAAUAAUGAAACAUCCUAGUAUCCCCCCCUAAAUUCCACUUAGACGCUGGUGAAGGACCCCCCUAAAAACAAUUUUAUUUUGCGCCACUUUGUAGGAAAACGUAGCUUUGGCAAUUUUCCAUUUUAUUGCUAAUCUACGCAUAUUGUUUUUAACGAUGAAGCAGCUGCAAUGAGCGGAACUGUUAACGAUUUGAAUCUGACGUCCAUGCGAGGGAAUGAUUUUCGAUAUUUCAACAAACCUGACUUACAAGUAAGAAAAGCCUUUCGUCUUUACGGAUUGCUUCUUGUGCAAGGAUAGUCAAUCUGGAAACUUCGUUGGAGUGUUUUUUACGAUGGCAAAAUGCUACCGAUCAUGAAGUAUUGUUUAUUUUUAUUUCAUUUUUUUUUUUCGUUCUUUUAUGAGAACACAUUUUUAACUUUAAAGAACUUCAUGAAAAAUUAAAAAGGAAAAUUCUCACAAUUGUUUUUUAGUAAUGAGUGAUCUGAAUAAGGCAUCUUAAAAAGAGGACGUUUCGUGGAUGUGUGUGCCUGAAUUAAAGUUAAAAUAUGCACAAACAUCAAAAGAAGACUUCUUUUAAUUGGCUUUUUUUUUCAAUUAGGAAUUUUGCAACCUCUGCUGACAACUGGGUAUCAUAGCAACGCGAACUGGGCGCUAAGUUCCCGUCCAAUCUUCUUAAAUAAUUAGACAACAUCGUUUUUGAAAGUCAUUUCGACACUGCAUUGAUGACGGUGCUCUCUUAAUGAGCUGUCAACCGAAGCAACCGAGCUAGAAAUGGAAGCAUUGACUCGAGAACAAAUUGGAGAAUACCGGGAAGCCUUUAAAUGCUUUGACUUAAACGAAAAUGGCACAUUAUCGACCAAGGAAUUGAAAUAUGCCAUGCGCAUGCUCGGAUCAAACCCCACUGAUUCUCAAGUGCAAGAGCUGGUGAAUGAAAAAGAUUUUGAUGGAGAUGGUACAAUCAAUUUUGAAGAAUUUGUAAAUAUGAUCGAGGAACGAAAUAGCAUGGAGGACGAAGAUAAUUUAGUUACGAUAUUUAGUGUAUUCGAUCCUGAACAUAACGGCUUUGUUGAGGGAAAAAAUAUAAAGAAGUCGCUGCUUUGUCUGACUGAUGUUCCCACGGAGGAACUGGAUGAGAUUAUAGAAAAAGCCAGAAUAACAGAUGGCAGAAAAUUAACGAUGGAAGAGUUUUCUUCUCUCCUCGUGCCACUGAUAUACAAGUCGGGACGAGGACUACGGUAUCAUGAAAAAAGUCGGAGAAAGAGCAGAAACUUUGAAGCGAUCUCAGAGUCAAAUGUUUGAUAUAUUUAAAAGUUUUUUAUUCAUUACCCUAUUAUAUGAUAUAGUGGAUAAUUUUUCUUCUGAGCCGUAGAAAGCAGACCCUCCCUUAAAUGUAAAUCCGGUUUUUGUUAGUUUGUUUUUUUCUUUCAAACAUCGAAUUUCUAGGUGGUCUUGCAAUAACGUGUGAAUUAGUUUGGGGGAGCUUAGAGAUAACACGAUUGCGGAACUGUUUUUCUGAUAAAAAAGGUGUCAUGCACUCCUAGACGGGUGACGAAAAUGAUCAAUAAGUUUUAAUAGACGCUUAAACAAACCUAUGUCUCUAUGGCUUUUCUCUCGAAAAAGGGACAUUUUAACCGGCAGUCGAAAGUGCAUCCGUUAAUUCGCUUCAAUUCGCUUUGGCAUUGGUCUAGAAAUCUCACACCAACUUCUUAGCCAAUCAGAUUCAAAAUUAAAACUCAUCGCGACUGUGGUCACCCGCGUUUUCCCGUGCUCUGCUGCUUUUUACUUCAUUCGACGUUGGCUUCUUGUCAUAUUUUUCUACGCUCUGAUUGGCUUCACGGCUACUAUCAAUAGAUAGUUAUUGGUUUACUACCUGAUCUCUUCCGAAUACUGGCGCUAAAAACAAUCCUUUUGAAGAUUGCAUCACCCGAGGCAUCCUAAUUUUUGUUAUGGCGUUAUUCUUAGGCUCAUCUCAGAAGCGUUGCGUGAAAUUGCGUGACGCGUAAGAAGGUCUCGCUUGUAUAUUUCGUUAUCCCCUAAUAAAUUUAAGUUGUACUCAUGGACCAGUCAUUAUUUAUUGCUUGGAGGGGG